GAGUUGCAGUCUCCAAUAUUCGACAAGUCUUGUGCAUGUAUACUUACUUUAUGAUACAAACAUAUUCUGUCACAGCCACUCGGUCUAUUAAUGAUCACUCCAGCCUGAAUUAAACUGCUAAAGUAUGCUGUCUUAAGCCCUCCGCAAAGAUCUUACAUGAGAUUUUGGCGACGAGGUUGGCAUGGCCUGCUCAUCCUAGCUCAUGGAAUACCAAGACCUCUAAUACUAAAUACGAUGUCGCAUUACAAGUAAUCCCUUGAGUUGCGCUUUAAUUCUCCGGCUCCUUAAUUUGUCCAUCUGAAGCUUAGGAAGAUCCAAAGCAAAUUUACACCGGCUGCUCCUAGAAUACAACUCGAUCGAGGGCGAUCAAAUCAGGACCACGAUGGAGCAGAAGGUGUAUGUUCACAAUGGAUAAAUGGUGCCAUAUCUAUGAUCAGUAACAUCUAGGUAAAUCAAGUAAAUCAAGGUUAAAAAAAUCCAAAAACCAAAAAAGAUGGCUUAUAAACGUCAUGAGGGCUCCAUAUCUCAUCUGACAGAGAAGGAGUUAUCACCGUCAAUUCCCCGUUUUUUCCAUGUACUGAAUGAUGCUCAUGUCUUACAUGCACUGCGCUUGCCAUCUUCAUUUGCUCCAAAGGUGGAGCACUUGGUGGACCAAGAAAUCCUCCUUGAGGAUUUAUGUGGGCAGAUAUGGCCUGUGACUCUAUCAUAUGUUGACAAUGCAUUAUCAUUCGCAUUGGGAUGGGAAAUAUUUUAUAGGGACCAUGCUCUUGAGGGGGGAUGUUCCUUGAUAUUUAACUAUGUAGGAGAGAGGCACAUGUCUGUUCAAAUAUAUGAUCCAAGUGGUUGCGAAAGAACUUGCUUCACCUAUCCAGUGCGACAACUGAACAAUCAGAACUGCUAUAAUGUUGGGGUUGAGGAGAUUUCUGAAAUGGGAUCAGCUCCUCGAACUGCAGCCAUGGGGAUGCCUCAAAGAAAGGGAGUCUCUAUUUCCGAUAUCCAUAAUGGGUUUGGGAAGCCGAUGGGAGGUAUUGCCAAGGAGAAAAUGGGUGCCUCCGGGCAAGUAAUCCUAACGAAGGUAGAACUUGUGCAUGUAAAACAAGAAAUUUGUUUGGAAGAGGAAAUGGAUGCAACCCCAUCUGCAAAUGCUAGCCACUCAUCAAAGGACCCUAUUAGCCCACCGCCCAGUUGACACAUUCAGAUAGGAGCUCUAUGGAUCUAUUCAACUGUAAGUCUUUCCCCUCCCAACCACCUGGAUUUUAAUAUCGGUUCUGUGCUUAAAAACAUGGUGUUGUGUGCAUUUUUUUCUUAGAAGAUGUGAGAGAUUUGUGUUUUAUUUGAUCAAAUGUGUGCUUGUUUAUAUGGGUUAUGAAUUGCUGGAAUUGAUCUAUUUUGCUUUUUUGGCCAUUGGGUUAUGUUGUAAUUAAAUUUGAGUCCUACUGGUAUUGAUGUGUUUUAUUGUUUUUUAUUUGUUGGAAUUGAGCCAUGCUGCUUCCCAUUUGUUGGUUUU